GUCAAAGUGAUUCGUAAAUUCUGUCAAGUCUGUCAGUGAAAUGUCAAAAUAAAUAUAAUUUUGGCUAUUUUUGUCGAAUAAAUCGUAAUUAAUUCAAAGAUUUAAAAUAAACUGAAAAGAAACAAAUAUCUACUAAUUGACAUCAGCGUAACUGUUGUACUGUAUACAACAUUGGUUAUUUAUUAUCGUAUUUGCAAUUGUGAAUUAAAAGAUGACGACAGAAAAAGUUAUUGGUGAUGUAGCAGAGGCUAAAGAUGAUGUCCCACCACUAUUACCAGAAAACCAUCGGUUCUUAGAACCUGAAAAAGCUGUGAAAACUGUCACAGACAUGGCCAUAUGGGAGAAAUCUGAAGCAUACAUGGAAUACACUGGGUUUAUAGCUACAAUGAAUGAAGCCAUUAAGGCCAAGCCACUUACAGUAGACUGCAAGAUCUCAGACAAUGUUAAAAGACUUAUUAAAAUGCUUGAAUUAAUUGAUAAUCUGAUAGAUGAAUUCCCUCCAAUUGAACAACCACAGAGGUUUGGUAAUGCUGCAUUUAGGUCCUGGCUCUCCAAACUGAAGCAGAACAGCACCCUGUACCUGCAAGAUGCCCUGGACCCCUCCAUACACCUUGCUAUACCUGAGGUUAAAGUGUACUUGGAGGAGAGCUUUGGUAAUGCUACAAGAAUUGAUUAUGGAACUGGCCAUGAAAUGGCUUUUGCAAUGUUCCUCUGUUGCUUGUUUAAAGUAGGAAACUUAGUGGCAGAGGACAAUGUAGCAGUAGUUUUCUUAGUCUUUAAUAAAUAUUUAUCUAUAGCAAGAAGGUUGCAGAAAAUUUACAGAAUGGAACCAGCUGGCAGCCAUGGUGUGUGGAGCCUCGAUGAUUACCAGUUCAUUCCCUUCAUUUGGGGCAGCUCCCAACUUAUUGAUCAGCCGAGGAUAUAUCCUCCCGCCAAGUUCUUGGAAGAUGACAUUAUUGAUAAAUAUCACAAUGACUAUAUGUUUAUAUCUUGCAUUAAACAUAUUAAAGAGGUGAAAAAAGGUCCGUUUGCAGAGCAUUCUAACCAAUUGUGGAGUAUCAGUGCAGUCGGUUCAUGGAGCAAAAUUAAUCAAGGUCUCAUUAAGAUGUAUAAAAAAGAGGUUUUAGCCAAAUUCCCAGUCAUUCAACAUGUGAUGUUUGGCUCUUUGCUUCCCAUCAGGAGAUUCUCUCUCAACCACUAAUUGGAGUAAAGGUAAACUUAUCAUGGCCAAUAUAAUGCACUGCUGGUGGUGAGAGAUGGAUAUUGAGAUUGACCAGUCCCAACAAGAGAGGAAGGGGGAAAAUGAAGUGAAUUAUUUCAGUAAUUAUUGUGUUCCUCUAUUUCUGUAUCCAAUGAUAUUAACCUUAUAUAUUUACUGCCUUAUUUAUGAAUGAAGUUUGUCUUAUUUAUGAAUGAAUAUUGUAUAUUUGGAACAAAAUUCAGUAUUAUGAGUUGUGCAAUUUGUAACGAGUCUCUGUCACUAAAAUAAUUACCUUAUAAUUGUAUUUGUUGUAAUGUAGUAUGAUAUAGUAAUUGGUGGCCAAAUGGGCGGGUGAGCGCACGCUAGAUAACGUCUGCGCGGCGGAUUGACGUCACGUGUCUUAUCAGAUAAUGACUUGUUAUUUGGUUGUCUUCCUUAUUUCAUGUUGUUAUCUGUAUUCUCAUUUAAGUAGUUUUUAAUUUCAGUACUAAAAUAUACGUUUCUAAGUACCUAAUCUGUAUUUUAUGUGAAUGAGAACAAGUACUUAUCUACUUACUCAUGUAUCUGUAGGUAACAGUUUUGUGUGAAUGUUAUAUAAUUGUUCCAACAGUCAUACAUUAUGUACUGGCUAGCAUUGUGUACUUUGCCCCUCCAGCUUUAUCAUUAUAAUUAUCAUUUACGUACAUUUACUACGCUAUUGUUUCCGAUAUAAUACUUAAUUAUGCUAUUUUGUGAUAUAUUUUAAUUGGUAGGAGUCUGUCGUUAAUUUUUAGCAUUUAACCACGAUGUCUUGUCACUUGUUACUAAUAAAUAUCUUCUAAUAAAUAA